UGAGGGCUGGGUGAGUGUGUUUAUACAUGUAUGGGAAAGAGAGAGCGAGGUAGAGUGUGUGUGUGUGGGUUCAUAACUCAGCAGAAGAGGAAGAGAAACCAAAAGCUGCUGACAAACACAUUAUAAUGAUACUUUGUGUUGUGGAUUUAAAUGCGUUUGGAUGAUCAAAUCACUGGAUUGUAAAGCACAGGACGGAGUCUGGAGAUCAUGGAACAGGCGAGUGCUGUCUCAGCACUGGCUAACCAAUCACAGAUCAGCAACUCGUCCCUGGUCUCUGAUUGGCAAGCGAGGACUUCGGAGUACAGCGAUGUAGAGCUCGUGCUGCUGGGUGCUGCGAUGGCUAUUCUGGUUCUGGCCAUAGUAUUUGGUAACGUGCUGGUGAUUACAGCCAUCCUGCGGUUCCAGCGGCUCCAGACAGUCACCAACUUCUUCAUCGCCUCGCUGGCGGUGGCUGACCUCAUCAUGGGUUUGGUUGUGGUCCCCUUCGGCUCCAGCUACAUCCUGCUGGGAACUUGGCAGUUUGGAAACUUCAUGUGUGAAUUCUGGACGGCAGCUGACGUUCUGUGUGUGACAGCCAGCAUCGAAACGCUGUGUGGGAUCGCUCUGGACCGCUACCUCGCCAUUACCUCGCCGCUCCGCUACCCAACGCUACUCACCAGGGGUCGGGCCUUCGCCGUGGUCCUCGGGGUUUGGGCGGUGGCCUCCCUCAUCUCCUUCCUGCCCAUCCAUCUGAAGUUGUGGGUGUCAAAAGACAAGGAAGCUAUCCGGUGCUUGGCCGACGAGUACUGCUGCGAUUUCAACACCAGCGUGGCGUACGCGGUGUCUUCCUCGAUCGUGUCCUUCUACCUGCCGCUGGUGGUGAUGAUCUUCCUGUACAGCCGGGUCUUCCAGGAGGCUCAGAAACAGCUGGAGAAGAUCAGAGGGAGGGAGAGGCACUUCAAUAAUUUGCAUUACACUGCACAGAUGACUGAUCCAGAUGAUAGUCCAGCUAUGAGUAGACUGGCAGGAACUGAGGCGGGAGAACAAGCAGGAGAGGACAGACUAAACAUGCAGACAACAGGAGAUACCGUGAAGGAGUUUGGAGAGAACAGAGCGAGGACAGAGAAAGGAGAAGGAAAACACUCUGCUGCAAAGCGUCUUAAGUUCUGUCUGAAGGAGCACAAGGCUGUGAAAACUCUGGGGAUCAUCAUGGGAACCUUCACGCUGUGUUGGCUACCCUUCUUCAUCCUCAACAUCCUCGUGACCUUCCUCGACUUGGGUGACAUUAAGCUGCUCUUCAGACUCCUCAACUGGCUCGGAUACUCCAACUCGGCCUUCAACCCGCUCAUCUACUGCCGCAGCCCUGACUUCAGGCACGCCUUUCAGGAGAUACUCUGUCUGAGGGUCAAAGGGGGCAGCUGGGGAGGAAGGAGAGGAUGGAGAUGGUGCCGGGACAGAGACUGUUACUCCGAGCCCCCAGGUAGGACGAUCGGGAGCUCAGAGCUGAAUGGUGUCAGGGGGUUGGACGUUCAGCAGAGGUCGGGCUGGAAGGGCAGUUUGGAGAGCUCUAUUCGGGACAGCUCGCUAACUCUGGCUCCUUCGACAGAGCAGGUUUUAGACGUAGCUCCUGGUUCCCUGACACACAGCUCUGCUAAUGGGAGCUGUAAGGAGAAUCUGGCCUCUAUUGCUUGACCAAUAACUUUACAUUGUGCAUAGUCGUGCUAUGAGCAUCGAUUUGAUGGAGCUCAAGAUGUUUGUUUUGGGUCGAUUGGCGGUACAGCUAAUAUUCUGUGUAUUUCAGUCAAUGUUACUGAUGUUUUACUUGUGGUCACUGUUUUCCUAAAACAGCCACUGUACACACGUAAACCAUAUUCAGCAGUAUUUGUCCACAUUAAAAAAGGUCUGACUCGAACCUUUAAAGGAACAGUGUGUAGGAUUCCGGGGGAUCUAUUAGCAGAAAUGGAAUAUAAUAUUCAUGACUAUGUUUUCAUUAGUGUAUAAUCACCUGAAACUAAGAA